UAUCCCGGGGCAGCAGCAGCAGCAGCAGGAGGGCACAAAUGUCUGAAUAAGUGUCGCUUAGUGGCUUUAUUUCAGAUUAGAAAAUAACAUAACACUGAAAAGGAAGUUGCGUGAAUAAGAAGAAGGGAGGGAGGAGAGGAGGACCUAAGAAGCGAUACAAAGCGUUACAGGUCAAAAGAAGAAGAAGAAGAAGUCUGAUCUGCCCGCCACACGCUGAAAACAAACCGAGUGUUGACUUUUCCUAAAACGCUGAGGGGAAGAAACCGUGUGCACAAGUGUCCUCGGUGGUUCUUUCUCCUCGUCGUCAUGCCGCCCAGAGCCAAGACGGGGGAGGGCAUCGUGGCCGUGAUGGACGUGGGCAACAAUGUGUGUGCCGGGCCGGAGCCAACCUUCCUCACCAGGGCCAAGGAGUCCCUCACCAGCUUCCUCCAAAGAAAGAUUUUUGCCCGCAACUGCCAUGACAUUGUUGGCACUGUCCUGUUUGGCACCUCAGGGACGGACAACCCUCUGGCAACGGACGGUGACUUCCAGCACGUGAAAGUGGUGCGGGAGCUGGUGGGCGUGGACUGGGAGGCCAUCGAGCAGGUGCAGGCUCUGAGGUGUGGCGGCAGCAGCGGCGACUGGCUGGAUGCCGUGGCGGUGGCCUUGGAGAUGCUACGUAAACAUGAGUUAGUUGAGAGCGGAGCCGUGGAAUGGAAGGGUUUGCUAAAAUUGACGACAGGCUCCGCGCUGUUGCCGAAAGAGCCACAUGAAAUUCAAGUUGAUGCUUAUUUUAUUUUAUUUAUUUAUUUAUUUAUUUAUUUAUUUAUUUAUUUUAUUUAUUUAUUUAUUUAUUUAUUUAUUUUUUUUUUUACGUGUACAUUUUUUUUUUCAAUAGUUUCCUUUUUCUGUGCCCUUGAGCUGUCUCCUUUGUUGAAAAAAAAAAAUGAUAAUAAAAAAUUGAGUUGUACUAAUACAAAUCAACCUCUCCACAGUCCACACAGCGGGCUCAAGCUGGAGAAGCGGAAGAUAGUGCUGUUUACGGACUUCAGCGGUGAGUUCAGCAAGUCCCGCUACAAGGAGGUGGAACAGGAACUCAAGGACAGCGAAACACGGCUGGUCGUCAUCGGGCCAGAGUUUUCUGAGGACUUCGAUGAGGAGGAUCAGGACGAGCACCAGCCUGGGUCUUCUAAUGGCGGCGAGGGUCACAGCAAACCCCCAAAGACGCAGCCGCUGAACUGGAACGGCAAGGCUAAGACUGUGGUGCAGAUGGCGGGGGAAGCCUUGGCGACGGAGAUGGCUGCGCUGUGUGACGGGCUCGUGUGCUCCUUUGACAACGCCAUGGCCCAGCUAAUGUACUUUGAGAAGAGCAACAAGACCACUGCCUGCUGGAACACGACCCUAGACAUCGGCGCUGCGUUCAAGAUCCCUAUUACAGGCCGGAUCAUGGUGCAGCAAGCCCCCAUCCCAAGCUGGAAGAAGUUUUACAGGGAUGACCGGACGCAGGUGAUCAGCAAGGAGGGUUCGUAUCACCUCAUGGACGAGAGACAGACGGAGGUGCCGGAGGAGGAGGUCAUUAGCGGCUACCUCUACGGCACCACCCUCGUCCCGUGCUCCAACGAAGACAUGUCCAGGAUGUACUGCUCCAAUAGCCCUCGCAGCAUGAGUGUUACGGGGUUCACCGAGGCGAGUCGAGUGCGCCACCACCUCAGGACAGGCAACCAGGUGCUGGCGGUGAUGGCACGGGGCGGUGACGAGCCAGCAGCCCGGGCGUUGUCAGCGCUGAUCCAUGCCCUGGCGGAGCUGGACAUGGUGGCCAUCACUAGGAGAGUCUACAGCAAGAACUACAACCCCAAGAUGGGCGCGCUGUUCCCCGAGGUUACCAAGGACGGCGAGUGUCUCCUGUGGAUCCAGCUUCCCUAUAGCAUGGAGGUUGUGUCCCUGGCCUUCCCAUCUCUCCAGAGCAGGAUGGCGAAGCUCAAGGAGGAGGAGAAGGAUGCCGUCGACAGCCUCAUAGACGCCAUGACCCUGUCGCAGGCCGGGGAGGACGAGGACGAUGAGAACGAAGAGGAGUUCGACCCCAGAGAAUUACUGGACCCACGUCUCCAGCAUUACUACAACAUCUUGACGCAGCGUGCCCUCAACCCAGGCCAGCAAGGGAUACAGGAGCCUGCCCCACACAUACUGGAGAUCUUGCAGCCACCCGAGAGAGUACGCGAGGCACAAGGCCGAGUGGCAGAGGACCUGAAGAAGCUGUUCCCCUUGAAGGCCGCCAGCUCCGUGGCUAAGAGGGCCAGGAAUGUGUUUCAAGUUGAGGACAAGGCUGAGGACGGAGGCGAGAAAAGAGCCAAGGUUGACGACUCCCUCAGUGCCGGUGACCUGGUGCAGCACCGGGUGACUUGCGUGACCUCCGCCACUCCAGUCCACGACUUCAUGACACUGUUACGGAGAGAAGCCCCGGACUUUGAUGACAUCUGUAAGCAGAUGGGGAAGGUGGCGCUGGCCCUCCUGAACGGCCUGCUGUGCCCUCUCAGUGCCGGGAUGGCUGACAACACCAUGGAAAAGCUGCUGCAGUGCCUCAAGGCCUUCCGGCAGGAGUCGCGUAGCAUCAACCCGGCCACUUACAACUCCUUCCUCCCUGACCUCAAGGAGUUAGUCACCCAACACUCACAAAAUGCUGUCUGGGAAAAGUUGAAGGAGGGCAGCCUUGGCUUGAUUACCAGUGAGGAAAGUGUCCGGAGCAGCGUGGGGACAGAGGAGGCCGCGGCCUUCCUGCGGCUGGGCCAGGAAGCAGCAGCAGCAGCCGUUGGUGACAUGCCGGAUGACAUGCACGAUAUGCUGGACGACCUGUAAUCACCACCACCACCACCUUGCAGGGUCAGCAGCUAGAGGCACUACCAGUAAUGAGUCUAAAAGUGUUAUGAUGUUCCUGAGGUGUGAAGAGUUAGCCGAUGAAUCAUGCAAGCUGUGUAUUUGUCAGUCUGUGCAGCCUUCCAAACCAUGAAUUACUUGAUUUAUUGUUACAGUAUUUCAUCUUUAUUUCCCAGUGUGGCCUUAUCCUGAUAUAUAAAGACAGAUUAGAAUGAUGUAUUGGUCAUGUACACUCUUGACAGCUGUAUUUGUCAGUCUGUGCAGCCUUCCAAACCAUGAAGUAUUUGAUUUAGGUUUGGAAGUACUUGAUUUAUUGUUACAGUAUUUCAUCUUGAUUCACUCAUGUCCCAGUGUGGCCUUAUCCUGAUAUAUAAAUACAGAUUAGAAUGAUGUGUAACUUUUGGACAUGUACACUCUUGACAGCUGAGAUUAGAAUGAUGUGUAAGUAUUGGAUAUGUACACUCUUGACAGCUGAGAUUGAUGUCAGGCUCACCAAGAAGUAAAGUAAACUGCCUUUUCUAUUAAUGUUUGCUCAUCAAGGGGACUCUGUUUGUUUAUUUUUUUACAACAAAGGAGACAGCUCAAGGGCACAAAAAAAGGAAACAGUAAUAAAAAAAAAAUCCCGCUACUCGCUGCUCCUAAAAAAGAGGUGGCCGAAAGAGGUGUCCUGAUGCCCUCCUCUUGAAAGAGUUCAAGUCGUAGGCAGUAAAACCCCAGCCGUCCAGCCCUCAAGUAUCCAGAAGCCCCAAGUAUCCAGCAGAAAAAUGGCCAGUCAAUAAUAUAUUCUAGAGAAUCCUAGAAAAAAGAUAAAAAAUUAGAAAUGUCCGACUGGCAAAAGACUUGAAAUACUAAAGUUCCUCAGUACAGUGACUCUCUUCAGGGUAAGUAUAUUCAUACGUACUUGUAAUCAGGAGAUGCAUAUCUGAGUGCAUACUACUUGUGUAAACACAUUUGGUUGAAUGAAAUUACAUGGGAAGCUUAACCUGUCCGCUGUGAUUGGCACGGAUUUGGCCCUCACUGGCAGCCUGGUAACAUACACUUCCAGGUCUUUCUCUACCUCUGUGGUGGAUAGUGGAGUGUUUCCCAUGUGGUAUUGGUGUGCUGGAUAUCCCUUCCCAAGGUGCAGGACUUUACAUUUUUCUUCACUGAAUUGUAGCAGCCACUAUUUGUUCCAUUCCUGUAGCUUGGUGAUGUCUUCUGGUAUGAAAUCUGCAGUCAAGGGGUUAAGUGUACCCCAAGUAUCCUAGAUUUGUGCUUAUCUGGGACUUCUGAAUCCUCUGUUGCCAGAUAGUAGGGGUUUACUGUAUAUCACUUCUUUUCCUUUGAUGGCCUCUCAUGGAUCUCCAUAAUAAAAGUAAUAAUAAAAAGC